AUGCCUCGCUCGUCUAGCGACAUCCAGACGCCGGUGUCGUCACGACCACCUCCCCUGCGCAUUGACUCUCCCAGCAGUAGCGAGGAGAGCUCGCCUGUCAUUACCGUUCCCAAGGCGCGACAGCAGAGCGGAAACACCCCUUCCACGCCCAUCUAUCAACAGUUUUCCACCGGCCAGUUUCCCACCAGCCAUGCCAACUCGAGCAACGCCAGCGUCCAGCAGACUUAUCCUCGCCCCGCCGCACCCGCAGCCCGAACCGCAGCUCAGGGAGCUUCGUCGCCCAUCCUCAAAACACAUUCGAGGAAACACGCUGCCACGCAGGGCAUGUUUGAGCCAUCCUUGCCAUCGACAAGCACCUCCAACCUCUCCCAAGUCGGCAUGAACCACAACGGCCAGGCCGCGGCCUCUGCACUGUCGGCCAGCCAGAUCGCUGCGCAGGCGGCCGUCAUGUCCCAUCAAAAUAUCCUCCAGUCGCGACAGCGCUCCCAGACAGCCCCAGAGACUGAAGGCGCGAGGAGAGGGAGCGGGAGCAAAGGCCCUAUAAGCCCACCCACUUUGAGCUUGACGGAGGCGAGUGCGCCGCGAGAAUCUGCUUUCAACGCCCAAGGAGGAGCACACCAAGACAGGCUGGGGGCUGCAUCGCAAUCUUCAGCUGCUGCUACAGCCGCGGCCAAUGUUGUAUUCCCCCGUUCUCCUACCUCCACCUCCACCAUUUCAGAGAAACCUCUCUCAAAAUCGGAAAAAGCAAAGGCGAAGCUGUUCUCCCGGCCUUCGAAGAUUAGUGCCAAGGACACUAAGGAAAAGGCAUUGCCAAGCCCAGGCAAGAUUGGUUCAGCUCUGUCAGCUCUUCAGCGAAGCAACUUUAGCUCGACCAGCCUCGCGAAUCCCAGUGACCAGUCAUUUUAUGCUCUCAACAACUCGUCGUCAGCAACCAUUCGGCCAAGCGAGGUGACGGGAGAAGAAAAGACCAAGGAGAAGGAGAAGAAGCAUCACUUUCUAUCAAGACAGAAACAGAAGCUCAAAGACGAAUAUCACUUGCCUCUCUCAUCGGCUGCUAGUAACUCAAGGCCUACCGAUCCAAAUGCGCCAAACAGCCUUUACAACUUCAGCGUCCCCGCCAGCCCAGGCCCUACUACUUCUACUUUUGCAAAGGCGAAGAAGGACAAGAAAAAUGCGGAGAGAUCUGACAGUCGCAUGGACAGCGAAUCGGUCCCUGGGGAUUGGCCGGGAAGCAGCAGCCUGCCAUCCAUGUCACAACAGUCUAGCAGCUUGUUCGAGCCGAUUGAUUUUGGGAAAUCGGUGCUGACCAACUUAUCCAUGGAUGAUGCCUGGCAUUACCUGAGGCCAAAGCUUCUAGUCAUUUUCCAAGGCGAGGAUCUUCGUGUCCCAGUUGAGGACAUUAACCGCAUUGUCAACCUACAUAUUCAAUGGUGUGUUCAUAAGAGGUCACCGAAUAAAAUGCUAGAGGACCUGAGGGAGCUUUUAUCCUCAGGCUUCGCUACGAUGGACAAAACCCUACGAAGAACGCCAGACGAUCGCUUCAUGCCGACUCUGGUGGAGCUGUGGCUCUUUACCUUUACUUCAGUCCUACCGUAUAUGCAGGCGGCCUUACUACCCCUUGAUUUGGAGGUAUCAGGCUGUGGAACUAUCAUGACAGCUGAACAAUCUCGCGACUUUUGGGGUGGCGUUGUCACUGCUCCCUCUCCCUCGCCCGGACAGGAAGCACGGGUGUUACCUGCAGCUGCCGCUCUCGAUGUGAGAAGGCUGGUCUUGACGGCCUACCGAGACGCCGUCAUCUUACCGCGGUACGAUACUCUUAAAACGAUAUUCUCCCGCCUGUCUCUCGAAUUUCUACCCUCGGCGUUUGCAAACAUGGCACUCGCUUCCCCUCCUCUAGAACCCAGCCUCUCCGCCUCACCCCCCGAAUCCUUCUUUUCCAUGGCCCGCCCAGGCACGGCCAUGUCUCUCGACCCUUCAGUUGGUUCCUACAACUCUACGAGCACCACCCUACUCGGAGACGGCUCUGCUGGCAGUCGCAGUCGAGCUGUAAGCAAUGUCAGUCUUGGCAGCCGGGGCAGCGAUGGAGUGAUUCGUCCUUUUACCCCGUCAGGCGCCCUCAGCAGUGUCCGUGAGCAGAAUGUCGAAGAUUCAAAGCAGGUAGCUGAUAUGGUGGGCCGGAUGCUCCAGUGCAUGAGCGUGCUCUCGAGCAUCGGGGGCGUAGGCGGAGAUGUCGACGACGAGGGCAACAGGAAAAUGGUUGAGCUAUGCAAGAUGCUCAAGCUCAACUGGUUGGGCAGAGGGCGGACGGGACGCAAUAGGAUGGGUAUUGUCGGAGGCAGAGUUCGGAGAGAUGAAAUUCGUGAAGAGGUGCGAGUUGCAUAA